AAAGAUACAGUCUGUGAUUAAAUGAAGCGUACCAGCCUUCGUACACAGGACCGUAAAGACUCCAUUUCCCAGAAGUCAGCGCGGCUGGAAGAAUAAUGUUCAUGUAGCUGAUCGACCGCUGCAGCUUCGGAUGGAGCACACGAGGUUAACAAUGAUGCCAGACUCGACUGCUGGAUAGCUUGUUGUCAAACAAUGUCACAGUGUGGAAAGGAGCGAAGGUCAACGUUUUCUCUUACAUGCAAACAGCAGCAUGUAGCUUUUUAACUACCUUGUCAUCACCCUGUUACAUGGUUCAUUCUUCAGUCUUCUUUGACACAGAGAGGCAGAAGAGUUUUGAUCUUCAUAUCUAAACAAAUUCUCACAUGCUGAUUUGACACAGCAGAAAAAGUUACUCCACGCUGCAGAUUGGCCGCGAACCAGCCGGCACAAUGGCAGCAGAUGACACAGCAGGUAGUGGAGACGGAUCAGAGGGGGAGAAGGAGAUGGAUGUGAAAGUGGCUGCAGCUGAAGACACUGGAAGACAUGAAGACGAAGAUGCCGAGAUGGCUGUGUCUGCUCAUGAGGCUCAGUCUCUCUCUGAGGAUCCCGCAGUGGAAGCCAGAAAUCCCAAGAAGUGGGAAUGGGCCGUGAUAUUCUUGUGUUUCUACGGGUUUAUGUCAUCGAUAAAGCCUGGAGAGCCCUUCAUUACGCCAUAUCUGCUGAGCCCUGAGAAGAACUUCACCAGGGAGCAGGUGACCAAUGAGAUCACUCCAGUGCUGACGUACUCCUACAUGGCCGUGCUGGUGCCGGCCUUCCUGCUGACGGAUUUUCUGCGCUACAAGCCGGUCCUAAUCAUCCAGGGCAUCAGUCAGGUGGUCAUCUGGCUCAUCCUAUUCCUGGGCGACACGCUGCUUCAGAUGCAGUUCAUGGAGUUCUUCUACGGCAUCACCAUGGCCUGCCGCGUGGCCUACUCCUCCUACAUCUUCUCCCUGGUCAACCCGGUUCUCUACCAGCGAGUGGCGGGAUACUCGCGCUCCUCGGUCCUGCUGGGGGUUUUCACCAGCUCUGUGCUGGGACAGCUGUGCAUGUCUGUGGGCAACAUCACCUACUACACCCUCAACGCUAUCUCCCUGGGGUUCGUCAGCUUCGGCCUGCUGCUCUCACUGUGCCUGCCGUGGCCCAAACGCUCCCUGUUUUUCAACCGGACAAAGAAUCAGGAGCAAAGGGAGCUGACAGCUGUGGCUGUCAAAUCAGAAUUGGACCUUAUUAACCCCAAAGGGGAAGUGCCGUCUUCUGCCGCCUCUCGGAACUCUGCGUCACGCUGGAAAGAUUCUGUUUUUGUGCAGAUGCUGCUGGAGAUGAGAAACGUGGUGAAGAAGCCCAACCUGAGACUCUGGUCACUGUGGUGGGUGUUCAACUCCACGGGGUAUUACCUCGUGCUGUUCUACGUCCACAUCCUGUGGAGCAAAGUGUCUGACAACAAGAAGGUGUACAACGGGGGAGUGGAGGCAGCUUCUACCUUACUAAGUGCGAUGACCGCCUUCAUGGCAGGCUAUGUUAAAAUCCGGUGGAAUGUCUGGUCAGAGCUGGUCAUCGGUGUGAUCACGGCGGUGCAGGCUGCGCUGCUGCUCCUCAUGGGCACCACAGGCAACAUCUGGGUUUGCUACAUCGCCUACGUCCUCUUCAGAGGCUUCUACCAGUUCCUGGUGCCAAUUGCCACUUUCCAGAUCGCCUCGUCCCUCACCAAGGAGCUCUGUGCCCUGGUGUUCGGCAUCAACACCUUCCUGGGGACGAUACUGAAGAGCAUCAUCAGCCUGAUAUUUUCUGACAAGAGGGGUCUGGCGCUGGAUGUGCACUCUCAGUUCCUGGUGUACUUCAUUUACUUCGUCAUUCUUACUGUCGUCUACCUGGUGUGUGCUGCUGUCGUCAUCAUCCGUCACUACAGAAACCAGGCUGGGGCAAGAGGCGGAGCCAACGACCAGGCCACGCCCAUUGAGCUCAGCCCUGUGGCUGUUAAUUCAGAGGCAGAGCCUUUAUCUAAUGGCAAAAGUGCCAAAUCAUAAAAACAAGCAACGUGUGUUGCCUUAAACUGCUGUCUGUUAUCUGCUUCUGCUAAUAAGCUGUUCAGACUGAAUGGGAUCAAUCGUUUUCACCCUCUGAUGGAGAGGUGUGCUCAGUGUUAGCUCAGAGCCUUAAUCGUUAAAGUGCCUCAUCUGCUGCUUAAAGCUCCUGCACUACAUGAGUCAGCUUGUGUCUGACUUCUGGGGAGAGUUUUGUAUUUGUGUGUCACGAUCAGGUGAAAGAUGAAGAAGAAACUUUAUCUCAUAGGAAGCACAAGAUGGCUGCGUGCUCUAGUUUUAUGGACAACCAUGUUAGAGUGAAUCAGGAAAGUCUUCAGACCCUUUCAAGUCAUUCACAUUUUUACAACCACAAUUGUUCAUAUGUGUUUCUGUGGGCAGAUUUUGUCAAAACAAAGCAUCACAACUGUUUGUUCAUGAAUGCAAACACAUUCACAAAUAUUUCUGAUAGUUUAUUUCUAAAAGAUUUGUGAUGAUUUAAUUUCUCUGGUGAUCCUUAAUGGAUUUCUAUUUGUAAAGGAAGGGUGGACAGAAGAAGGCUUGAAGGUGGAAAGAGGAUAGAUUGUUUUUCUUUCUUUUUUUCCACAAAUACCUUUAAGAACUUCACUUAUAAACAUCACAGAACCAAAGGAAGUUUUGGUUUCUUUUAACCUGCUGUAUUUCCAGGUAUUGUGGCAGCACAGUGCACCAUCUUCUUCCAUCGUCUUCCAACUCAACCUUCAAAAAUUGUGAAGUUGUCAGGUUCUCAAAAUCUGUUCUGAGACUCAGAUCUACAAACGGAAGGUAAGAAUAACAUCCACCUUGCUGUCCCGGCUGGUAAAGACAGGCCGGUCAAGCUAGUUGGAUCAUUUCCAAAUGAAAUGAGGCCGUCACUGCUGUCAAAGGUGUUUUUAUACAAGUACUAAGUGAAAGGUCUGAUUUAGCUAAACUUUCUGUACAUGAGCAUCCAAGUACGUAGUUUUCAUCAUUACAAGUUGUGUACCCUCUGUUUUUUUCACCAACUGUGCUGAAAAACUCAAAUAAGCCAUUUUCAUUUACUUUAUUGGGCAGAAAUAUAUGCAUUUUCUGUCAUUUCUGACUAUUUGAUCCACAAAAACAUCUAUUAUGCUUGACUAAAUGAAACUCCAACUGGCUAAACUGGUAAAAAAAAAAAUUUAUUUUCACGUUUUUCAGUGUCUAUCUGACUUUAACCACUGAGACGGCUGCCAGACAUUCCCCUAAGCAGGAAAAGGUCUGAGUAUGAUACAGUCCUAAUUCUGGCUGUAAAUUGGGUAUUUCAGUCUUUAUUUUCAAUACAUUUAAAACAAUCAGUUUUAAGAUAAAAGGGUCUGAAAACUUUCUGUACGCACAGAAAACACAGAGUGGGACCUUUUUAAUGCAAUGACCAGAACAUUCAUUCUUUUUUUUUUUGUAUUCCAAACAUGAAACAAACAUCAUGGACUGUCCUCUCGCUGCAUUUCUAACAUCUACACUCCUAUUGUCCCAAAUGUUACAAUUACUGUCAGUGCCAUUUAAGAAAGAACCUGACUAUUAUUAGUAUGAUUGAGAUAAUCACAUUUUCACAUCCGAUUAAGAAUGAUAGAUUCUGUCAUCAUUUAUUUGAAGCUGUAAACUGCAGAUUUUAUGCCGUGAACUUGAUUUUUUAUCACACUUGUAAUUAUUUGUAAUUUUGAAGCAGCACCUUGAAAACACUUAAUCGGUAUUUAAUAACUUCUUAUGGAUUAUUUCUCUUUAAUGUUAAAUUUCUGUAACAGUCAAAAGUCUUGCCGCUUGGGAGUUUGUCCAAUGGCCGUUUUGGCAACAACCAACAACUUUUUACACCUGGUUGUCGUUAUUUUGGUAAAAGGACGACUGUUUUUACUUUCGUACGUACAGGCACUGAGUUGUCCUGUAGAGACAUAGGAAUGCAGUGUUACUGGAUCCAGCUGGAGCUCCAGUGAAAACGCUGAUCAGGUUUAACCCUUUGAUGCACAACAUGGGUCAAGAGAUACCCAUUUUCCAUUAUAUAUGGUCACGUUUGACCCAUGUUGUGCAUCAAAGGGUUAAAGACCUGACAACUGAAGAGGCCAUGAGACAAGAUUCUGAGCGGAGGUUUGUGUUUGUCACGUUAACUGAGUUCUAGUGGGAUUACAUUGCUUACAUUCAGAAUGUAUAGAUAUUUGUUUUAUUUUGAUUGAAAUAAUUGCUGAGAAAUGACUGUGAACCUGUCCGAAUGCUGUAAGAAACACAAUCUGAUGUUUAUUUUUUAUUCAACAAUAAAUUACGUUUGGUGGAUGAAAAGCUUCUCAAUCAA